CUUUACAGAAACUGAAGAUGGAAAAUUGCCCUAAUUUGAGCUCAUUGGGUGGUCCCUUCAUCUCGUUACAGAAACUCAAGAUCAAAGAUUGCGACAAGCCAGUAUCACUUCCUGAAGGGAUAGACAACCUCACAUCACUCAAAUCGCUUAAAAUUUACAGAUGUUUUAGUUUGGCAUCACUGCCGGAAGGGAUAGGCAACCUCACAUCACUUGAGGUGCUUUCAAUGGAAAUUUGCAAUAGUUUGGCAUCACUACCAGAUCAAGGGAUGAGUCGCCUCACCUCUUUACAGAAACUAAAGAUUGAUGAUUGCCCUAAUUUGGAGUCACUGCCCGACCAAGGUAUGGGAUGCCUCAUCUCUUUAAGGGAACUGGAAAUUUCAAUGUGCCCUAAAUUGGCAUCGCUGCCAGAAGGGAUAGGAAAUCUCAGGUCACUUCGCAGACUUUUCAUCUACGGUUGCUCUAAUUUGACGUCACUGCCUGAAAGGAUGAGUCGUCACACCUCUUUACAAGAAUUGGAUAUUACAUAUUGCUCCCCCAUCUUACAUCAAAGAUGCAACGUAGAAACAGGCGAGGACUGGCCUAAGAUUGCUCACAUCCCAAACAUUUGGAUUUCUUCGCCUCCUCGACCUAGACAAGAUUCAAAGUCGAAGCGGCAUUUUACGUGCUGGCCAAUGAGUUGAAGCACACACAUAUAUAAUAUGACUGCAACAAAUGGCCUUCUCCUUCCCCCUUUACCGUAUCGCAUUUGAAUUUGAUAUGGCAAUCAGAAGAGUAAUAGCAGCAGAAAUGCGCUCAAGACUUGUGGGGCACUUGAACAGUUUGAGUGAAAGCUUCAGUAUGCCCCAGUUUGGUAUGUUGCAGUGUCGGGAGCUUUCUAAUUUCGUAUUUUUGAUGUUCUUUUUUUUUCCCUAUUUCGACUCCAAUUCAGAGGCCAAUAAACAUGACGAAAUUGAGUUUGGAAACACACUUGAGUGCUCUUGUACUUGUAAUCUUCUUCUUCAAUUAGUGAAAACCCCUAGCAACUCCGUGGACGUAGCUCAAUUAUGAGUGCACCACGUAAAACUGUGGUGUUGAAGUUGUGCGUGAAUGUUUGUUCGUUCUUUUGAUUCUCGAUCUCUGUUAUCAC